AUGGCUCACCGACCGCUUCCGAUCCAACAAUUCCCAGAUAUGGCUCUCAUGAAGAUUUUCGGAUUGAUGAAACCGUUAGAUGUUGUCUUCAUGACUCAAACUUCGUCGAAAAUGAAGACAAUUAUCAGAAAAAACUCGAGAACCCGACCAAUCAGUAUGAUGCUUAUUUCCGACGCAAAAGGUUCCUACGUAUCUAUAAUGUGGGGAGAGUCAGUCAACACAUACAUUGAACUAAUUGUGUCGAGAACCCCUUGCGGGUACGUAGAUCACAAAGAUGGUCUGAAAUUUCAUCCAAAACUAUUUGGAUGUAUCACGUACUGUACUGGACUUUACAGUGGCUAUUGUGCGAUAAUUGAUUUUCUGAAUGAGUUGUAUUUCAUCGACAGCUUUUCUAUCGAUUGUCAUUGGAAAACUCAAAAAGAAAUGAAGUCAAUCGUUCAAUAUGCCAAAACUGUCGGGCUGAAACUAGACUAUGUUCGUCUAAUUGGAAGUCUCACAUGCAAAUCUGAAAAUAAAGAGAUGCUCAACGAAUGCAAAGAAGCCGGCACAGUUUACCUGCAAGCAUCGGAAAUUUGUGACUUCAAUGAUUUGCAAGUGGAUCGGCUAACUCUGGAACAUCCGAAAAAUUUCGGUGUCAAUCAUUUGCUCACAACUUUGCGCUGCAAGUCGGUAAUCUUGUUGGACGCUUAUUUACCCCCAGAUGAAUUGAAUGAGUUUCUUCAUGUCUGGAAGAACGGCAAUGAUACGUUUGGCUACUUUGAAUUGGACAGAGAUUACGACCUUCGAUCUGUGAUUGGUGGACUUGAAGCAACAAGCGUUGAAAGUGCCGUACUCGAUGGUAAAAGAGUUCAAAAAUUUCUACCAUACAAGUGCUACCGUUUUAACAAGGCUGACGGAACUCGAGCCCUUGUCUACUGUCUUCAUUUCAAGUUCAUUGUGCGCAUAGAGAAAUGA